UGCUGGAGGUGUGUGCACGCAGCUCCGCCUCCACUGCUCAGACCCGGCUUCCUUUGCCCUCACUCCACACCCUCCUCUGCAUCAUGGGGCCUGGGCCGCGCACCCUGGAGCUCUUCUACGACGUGCUGUCCCCCUACUCCUGGCUGGGCUUUGAGGUUCUAUGCAGAUACCAGCACCUCUGGAACAUCCAGCUGCAGCUGCGGCCAGCCUUCUUGGGAGGGAUCAUUAAAGACAGUGGAAACAGGCCUCCAGCUUUGGUUCCCCGCAAAGCCCAGUACAUGGCAAAUGAGAUUCCUCUCCUGAAACAGCAUUUCCACAUCCCCAUCCACAUGCCCAAGGACUUCUUUGGUGUGCUUCUUAAAAAAGGAAGUGUAAAUGCCAUGCGCUUCCUCACCACUGUGAGCAUGGAGCAACCAGAGAUGCUGGAGAAGGUGUCAAGGGAACUCUGGAUGCGAGUGUGGUCUCGAGAUGAAGAUAUUGCUGAGCCCCAGAGCAUCCUCGCUGCUGCAGAGAAGGCAGGUUUGUCCGCAGAGCAAGCCCGAAGCUUUCUGGAGAAAAUCUCCACAGCACAGGUGAAGAACAAGCUCAAGGAGACCACUGAUGCAGCCUGCACAUAUGGGGCCUUUGGGCUGCCCACCACUGUGGCCCACGUGGAUGGUAAAACCUACAUGCUGUUUGGCUCUGACCGCAUGGAGAUGUUAGCUUACCUGCUGGGAGAAAAGUGGAUGGGCCCUGUGCCUCCAACCCUGAAUACUGGACUUUGAGAUUGCCUGAGGAAGUAAAGCAUUGGUGUAAAUGAGCAGGCACCCGCCUAUCCCUUCUCCUUUAAACCAUACUUUGUACCUAGCAAGUUUACAUAUUAAAUAACAGCAUCUAAAUUAAUUUAAUAUAGUUUUACAGAGAAGAUAAAAGAUGGAAAUUUUAGUUUACACCUUGUCCAAAACAAUUUUCAUAUCACUUUUUCUAAGUGGCUUAAUAUCAUAAAUAUUUUCAGUGGCUAUUAAUGUCUAAUUCUUAUUGUGCUAAUGGUCAAUGGAAUUAUAAAGAAAUCCCACCUUACAUAAUUCCUGCGUCAAAGAGAUGACAUAUAUUGGUUUCUUGUGGAGUCCCUAAAUAGUUCCGGCUUCCUUAAUAAAGGAAAAGCUUUGUCCUUUUCCCUACAUUCCAUGUUCCUCAACAUUUUCGUGCCUCUCUUGGCCCCCUUUCUAAAUUUCAGACUGUCUACACUGCAUUAGUCACUCUUCUGUUGCCGUGAUAAGAUAUCAUGACCAAAAGCAACUUAGAGGAGUGUAUUUUGGUUCAUAGUUGCAGAGGUAGAUUCAUAACGGCAUGCCGACGGCCAGCCAGAGCAAGAAGCUAAGCAAUCACAGCUUCCCGAGAGAUCACACAGGAAGCAGACAGAGCGAGCAGGAAGUGGUGCAGAGCUACAAGCCCUCAAACUCCACCCCGUGUGCCCACCUCAUUCAUUUCCUCUAGAAAGGCUGCACUUCCUCAAAUAGUGCCUCCAACUCGGAACCAAGUGUUCAAAAUACAUGAACCCAUGAGAGACAAUUUUUCAUUGAAACCACACCAUCCACAUUUACACACACACACACACACACACAUAUAUGCAUUAUAGGCUGGGAUCCACAUAGGAGCAAGAGCAUGCAAACAGAUUUCUUUCUGAGUUCGGGACCUGCUUUCCAGGUCUGCCAAUUUUCCUGAAAAUGUCGUGAUUUCAUUUUAUCACUGAAUAAUAUUCCAUUUUGUAUAUGUGCUACAUUUUCAUUAUUUGUUUAUCUGUUUAUGGGCAUCUAAGCUGGUUCCAUUUCCUUGCUAUCAUGAAUUUAACAGCAGUGAACAUGGAUGUGUAAAUGUCUCUGUAGUGGGAUAUGGAAUCCUUUGGGUAUAUGCUGAGGAGUGGACUAGCUGGGUCACGUGGUAACUAUUCUUUAUUUUUUGAGGAAGCCCUAAACUGAUAUCCUCAAUGGCUGCAUUAAUCUACACUCCUAACUGCUCUGAAUAAGCGUUCCUCUUUUUCCAAAUCCUCUCCAACACUUGUUAUCAGAGCUCCUGCUGAUAGUCGUUCUGACUGGGGUGAGGUGCUAUCAGAGUAGUUUUCACUUACAUAUUCCAGAUGUCUAGGAGUGUUGAACACUUUUUAAAAUACUCACCAUUAAACUUCUUUUGGAAAUCA